CAGAUUGCUUUGUGCCAAGGGGAGGAGAAAAGUAGAGAGGGGGGUGGACCAACCCCAAAUUCACUCUCUGUUGUAAGAAAGAGAGGGAGAGAGAGCAGUAGAAAAAGUUAGUGCAACAGAGGUGAUGGACUUAGUCCAGUAAGAGUGACAAGGAACACACACACUCCUUCUUCGGGCAGAGAGGAGCAAGCUGACCAUGUCGUUGGACUUUCACUGCCUUUAAAUCCCCAAGCUCACUGAGGAAUCUACAUCCACUUCUCUUAUCAGAGAUAUCUACUGAUCCUCUAGGAUCAUCAAAGCCCAAGGACUUUACAAAACUGACCACUUAUCUUAAUCUCCUUAAAAUACUAUUAAAUUCUAUAGAACACCAAUUUUUUUUUGCUAAAACCUCAAACAACAAUCGAAGGACUAAUCAAAUUUAAGGGAUUCUUGCUAUUUUAAAUGGUCACAUUUGGGUUUAAUUCUAAGGACUUUUUACUUUAUGUAUAUCCUUAAGAAAAGGGCUUUGAGUAACUGGUACUUGUCUCAGUUCUGAGGCAAGCCUUCACAGGCUCUUUGUCGCCACACAAACAGAGGUGUUUAAUUGAGGGCUUUAAGAGUGAAGGCAUUUCCACUGACACGGAGGACACACUAACAAAGAGAGACAGUGGGGGAUUACGACAGAGAGAGAGUGGGAAGAGGAGAGAGGGAAACCCCACGAAGCAAUCUCUCCAAAUUGUGAUGACUCUUUUCACAGAGGCUCUUUGCACAGUUUUUCCAGGACACUGACAGAUUUGAAGAGGGUGCUGUGUGAUAAACUGGAAUUGUCUGGUAAGGUUCAGGCCUGUGAGGUGUAUGUGGUCAUGGAUCUUCUAAUGUGGCUGAUGUUGGUCCUGGUUAGUGGACUGUUCCCUGAAAUAGAGUGCAACACUCAAGAGUUUGACAGCAGUAAUAAAGGUCCAGAGGUAGAAUUUCUGUCAACCUCUCGAAAACGGCGGGCCCCCGAGCCUCCUCCACAAGACAAGUGUUCCUACACCUUCAUCGUACCCCAAAAGAAAGUUACUGGAGCCAUCUGUGUAAACUCCAAGGAGCCUGAGGCUGUGCUGGAGAACCGUGUCAAUAAGCAGGAGCUGGAAGUUCUCAAUUCUGAGCUCCACAAGCAAAAGAGACAGAUUGAGACUCUACAGCAGCUUGUAGAAGUCGAUGGUGGUAUUGUCAAUGAGGUGAAGCUUUUACGUAAGGAAUCCCGUAACAUGAAUUCCAGAGUGACCCAGUUAUACAUGCAGCUACUGCAUGAGAUAAUUCGCAAGAGGGAUAACGCAUUGGAGCUGUCGCAACUGGAGAAUAAAAUUCUUAACCAGACUUCUGAGAUGCUGCAACUCACAAACCGUUAUAAAGAUCUGGAAUAUAAGUAUCACCACCUUGCCUCACUUGCUAAUAACCAGUCAGCUCUCAUUGCUUUGCUCGAGGCGCAGUGUCAAAGGGGAACACCAGUUGUAGUCCCAAGGGUACCAGUCCAACCUCAGCCCCAACCUCAACCCAGACCCUCACCACCCAUCAAUAAGCCCGUCCAACCACCGACAUAUAGCCGCAACAACCAGAUCACCAAUGAGAUCCAGAGCGAUCAGAACCUUAAAGUGCCACCUGUUCCACCUCCCACCAUGCCAGGUGGAACUCACAGCCCGUCUACAACAAACAAGCCCUCAGGUCCAUGGAAGGAUUGUCUGCAGGCUCUCGAGGAUGGGCACACUAACAGCGGCAUGUACCUUGUGAAGCCUGAGAACACCAACAAGCUGAUGCAGGUGUGGUGUGAUCAAAGACAGGACCCUGGCGGCUGGACAGUCAUCCAGAGAAGAAUGGAUGGCUCUGUAAACUUUUUCAGAAACUGGGAGACAUAUAAGCAAGGUUUUGGAAACAUAGAUGGAGAAUAUUGGCUGGGUCUGGAAAACAUAUACUGGCUAACCAACCAGGGACCCUAUAAGCUGCUGGUAAACUUGGAGGACUGGUCUGGUCGCAAGACAUUUGCAGAGUAUGCAAGUUUCCGCCUGGAGUCUGAGACCGACUUCUACAAACUGAAGGUGGGCCGUUAUCAUGGCAAUGCGGGUGACUCCCUAACUUGGCACAAUGGGAAGCAGUUCACCACUCUAGACCGUGAUCAUGAUGUAUACACAGGCAACUGUGCCCACUAUCAAAAGGGAGGCUGGUGGUAUAAUGCCUGUGCCCACUCAAAUCUGAAUGGUGUAUGGUACCGGGGAGGGCACUACCGCAGCCGAUAUCAGGAUGGGGUUUACUGGGCUGAAUUCAGAGGAGGUGCCUACUCCCUCAAGAAGGUUGUGAUGAUGAUACGCCCCAACCCCAACUCUUUCCACUAAGCAGCACACAAACACAGAAAAUGAACUGUUCAUUGCACCCCCUUGGUCCCUUUUCACCCAACAAAGUGCAAUUCAUUUAGACUGUGUUUUUUUUUAUUGUUUUGCUAUGCAUAGCUAGAUAAGAUAUGUGGCUUAAGGACAAGAAGUGUUUGGUCAACAUAACUGAAACUGCAUGGGAUAAAGAACACCAAAGGAAUGCCUUUAGUUUAUUGGAAAUCACUUCCAUAAACAGAAAAGUAGGUGUUCCAUGGUUUGGACUAUUUACCUUCUUCUAACCAUUUUUAAUUAUGAAGUAAUUUUAACAAAAAUAUAUAAUGAACGUGAUUUGCUUUUUGCCAAAUAGUCAGUGCAAUUGUGACUGUUUUCAGCUGUCUUGAUUAGAUGUAUCUUGUUAAAUAGGCCAAUUGUGUAGAUACAUAUGAGCAGUACUCAUUAAUUGUUACAUAUAAGACACAGGACACUCAAUCCAGUGAUAAACAGUUUAUGCUUUUGAAGUUUUUUCCUGAUGAGAUUAAUGACUCAAUGUAUUUCAGGGAUAUAAUUUUUUUUAAAUGCAUAUAAAUGUUUUAGUAUAAAAUUAUACAUAAUUAAACAUGCAAACACAUCUUAACUCAUUGAUUGCUCCAUCUAAAAACUGUAUUUAAUGUGUAAAUUGUUGGUAUCAAAUGAAGACCCAACACAUGAUAUGUAAAUAUAAAUGCAAGAUAGUUGAAAAUAAUGCGUCAUUUGUAAUAUACAGAAAGUGUAACAGAUUUUCACAUGUAUUGUCAAACUGUUGCAAUAAUAAUGUACAGCUACAUGCUUUGUGGAUGGCUUAAUGCACAUCAAUGUACAUCACAGAGUUGUAAUGGUUUUGCUGUAUACUGACAUGAGAAUGUUAUGUGGCAAAAUAAAAACAGUACAACACACAUGCAAACUAGUAAUGCAUUUACAAUGGAAAUUAGACUAUUGUAUCUAAUGA